GUGAAAGAGACCACAAACAAAGAACGGAGACAGGGAAAGAACACAGGGAGGAGGGAGCGAGAUAAAGAGAGACAGAAUGACGCGGGGCAGACAAGAGGAACGGGACUGCAGCUGGAAAGAGUGACAGCUCAAGAUCAAGAGGCUGAUUGAGGGAGAGUGAAGGAGGAGCCCACUAAGGAGGGGAGGGAGGAGGAGGAGGAGUCUUGAACAAGACUAAGAUUUUUUUUAAAUUGCUUUGUAAAGAGAAAGGUCUACAAACAGAACCCGUCCAAACACAGCCAUUACACUGGAGCAGCGUGUUGAGCCCAAGGAAUAUGGAUUGAAGUCAAGACAAGUUGGAAAUCUAUCUGGGAACAGGACACCCUAAUUAAAUCGACAACCAAAGGAACCACUGCUGUAGCGAAGAGAGGGAGAGAAAGACAGACAGUGAGAGGGAGCAAGAGAAGUGAGAGUACAGGGCAGUGAACGAGUAAGGGAAAAAGAGUGGCUAGACAGAGGAAGGCAAAAGAAGAGAAUUAAUACCACCCACUGUGCCAAUACCACACACAGAGUAAAAUUGUUACGCACAUACACACAUUCAAAGACAGAAAUCCUGCCUGUGCCACACACACAGUAUUUAUGUCUCACACGUUGGCAUUACCACACACACCGAAUUUCUCAAACAGGUUUGCAUGCAACAUAUGCAGUUUGUAUUCGACACGCUGAAAUCAAAGCGUUUAUAUCAACAGAAACGGAGAGAAACGAAGAAGAUAAAGAGGCAUGGAGAGACAUUAGAGCGUCAUGUGGGUUGGUAUUACUACGCACAGAGUGACAUAGACAGACAAAACGCAACACAGUGGCAUCACGGGGCCUCCACGGGAGCAGGAACUCCUCGAAAACUAACCUGAGGAACUAUACUGCCAACUUAACCCCGAACAAUAAUUACCACAGAACUGAAGGCCAGUGAUUCUUCUACACUUCGACUACAAUCCUACUACCAUUAACCAGCAGCAAAGCAGAGCAACUGUAUUGAGGAUCUAUCACCUCCGUAGGAUGGGUGCCUAAGUCAGGCGAGCUGAAGAGCUGUGUCCCUGGAAGGAGCACCACCAGCCCUCCAGCCCCUCCCCACCAUGCUGCCCCAGACGGUCCAGGGCAGGGGCACCUUAAGCAGGGUACGAGGGCUCCUGCUGCUGCCUCUCCUAAUGGUGCUGCUGGUGACUUUAUGUGCUGCACAGAGCGAGAAGAGUCAGGAGAACCAGGGAGAGAAUAACACUGGCAGUACGGAGAGCCCGGAGACUGUCUCCUCAGAUGUGGCCAUCGUCAGUCCUCGUAACUCCUGGCUCGUCUUCAGACACAACUCCAACAAAGGAGAGAACAAGAAGACCAAGCCCCUAAAGAGGGCAUCUAAGCAUGGUCUACCGGGCCCCCCCGGACCACCAGGCCCUCAAGGGCCACCCGGCCCCCCCGCCCCCCUGUUACCUCAGCAGGAAGAGCUGAUGCAGGAGUUCCAGCUACGACUAAGAGAGAUGGCUGGUGGACCCUGUCUGCUCUGUGAGCGACCUCCCCGUGUGGCCACCGCCUUCCACUGCCGCCUGCACCACCCCCUCACCGUUCCACGCCGCAGUCUGCUAGAGCUGCAGCCAUUCAGCAGUGUCUCGGACACUGCGCAGAGCCUCCAGAGGGGCCAGGGCUUCAACUCUAGCAGUGGCCGCUACACGGCUCCCGUCUCCGGAUUCUACCAACUCACCGCCAGCCUUCUCAUAGAGCCCAAUGAGAGGUCACAAGCCAGGAUGAAGGAUAGUGUGAAGGCUUCCAUCUGCAUUGAGUCCCUAUGCCAGAGCAAUGUGUCUCUGGAUUCGGUGACAGGGGUGGGUAGUUCAGGAGUCUUCAGCAUCUUACUGACAGGAACCCUUUACAUACAGGCGGGGGAGUACGUGUCCAUUUUCGUCGACAACGGAACAGGCUCAGCACUCACAGUCCUCCAGGAUACUUUGUUUUCCGGGAUACUCCUGGGAGUGUGAACACAGUAAAACAAAUGAUACACACACAUACGUAAGCAGAUACACACACACACACCCAUAGACUGAAAGGAACAAAUAUAUUAAACCAUGUACAGUACCAGUCAGAAGUUUGGACACACCUAAUCAUUCAAGGGUUUUUCCUUAUUUUUACUAUUUUCUACAUUGCAGAAUAAUAGUGAAGACAUAAAAACUGUGAAAUAGCACACAUGGAAUCAUGUAGUAACCAAAAAAGUGUAAAACAAAUGAAAAUGUAUUUUAUAUUUGAUAUUCUUCAAAGUAGCCACCCUUUGCCUUGAUGACAGCUUUACACACUCUUGGCAUUCUCUAAACCAGCUUCAUGAGAUAGUCACCUGGAAUGCAUUUCAAUUAACAGGUGUGCCUUGUUAAAAGUUAAUUUGUGGGAUUUAUUUCCUUCUUAAUGCAUUUGAGCCAAUCAUUUGAGCCAAUCAAUCUGGAUGGAAAAUUACUGAGGAUAAUAGCAGACGAUAUUGCCACUCCUAUUUGCCACAUCUUCAAUUUAAUCCUACUAGAGAGCGUAUGCCCUCAGGCCUGUAGGGAAGCUAAAGUCAUUCCGCUACCCAAGAAUAGUAAAGCCCCCUUUACUGGCUUAAAUGGCCGACCAAUCAGCCUGUUACCAAGCCUUAAUAAACUAAUGGGAAAAAUUGUGUUUGACCAGAUACAAUGCCAUUUCCCAGUAAACAAAUUGACAACAGAAUUUCAGCAUGCUUAUAGGGAACGACACUCAACAAGCACAGCACUUACACACAGGACUGAUGAUUGGCUGAGAGAAAUUGAUGAUAAAAUGAUUGUGGGGGCUGUCCUGUUAGACAUGCAGCUUUUGACAUUAUCAAUCAUAAUCUGCUGCUGGAAAAACGUAUGUGUUAUGGCUUUACACUCCCUGCUAUAAUGUAGAUAAAGGGUUACUUGUCUAACAGAACACAGAGGGUGUUCUUUAAUGGAACCCUAUCAAAUAUAAUCCAGUCAGAAUCAGGAAUUCCCCAGGGUAGCUGUUUAGGCCCCUUGCUCUUUUUGAUUUUUACUAACGACAUGCCACUGACUUUGAGGAAAGCCAGAGUGCCUAUGUAUGCGUAUGACUCAACACUAUACAUGUCAGCUACUACAGCAACUGAAAUGACUGCAACACUCAACAAAGAGCUGCAGUUAGUUUCAGAGUGGGUGGUAAGGAAUAAGUUAGCCCUAAAUAUUUCUAAAAUUAAAAGCAUUGUAUUUAGAACAAAACACUCACUAAACCCUGAACAACUAAAUUUUGUAAUCAUGUGGAAAUGAAGCAAGUUGGGAUGACUAAACUGCUUGGAGUAACCCGAGAUUGUAACUGUUAUUGUCAAAACAUAUUGAUGCAGUAGUAGCUAAGAUGGGGAGAAGUCUGUCUAAAAUAAAGUGAUGCUCUGCCUUCUUAACAACACUAUCAACAAGGCAGGUCUUACAGGCCCUAGUUUUGUCGCACCUUGACUACUGUUUAGUCGUGUGGUCAGGUGCCACAAAAAAGGGCUUAGGAAAAUUGCAAUUGGCUCAGAACAGGGCAGCACGGCUGGCCCUUGGAUGUACACAGAAAGCUAAUAUUAAUAAUAUGCAUGUCAAUCUCUCCUGGCUGAAAGUGGAGGAGAGAUUGACUUCAUCACUACUUUUAUUUAUGAGAGGUGUUGACAUGUUGAAUGCACCGAGCUGUCUGUCUAAACUACUGGCACACAGCUCGGACACCCAUGCAUACCCCACAAGACAUGUCAUCAGAGGUCUCUUCACAAUCACCAAGUCCAGAAUAGACUAUGGGAGGCACACAGUACUACACAGAGCCAUGACUACACGGAACUCUAUUCCACAUCAAGUAACUGACGCAAGCAGUAAAAUUAGAUUUAAAAAACAGAUUAAAAAACACAUUGUGGAACAGCGGGGACUGUGAACCAACACAAACAUUGACACACACAAACACACACAAUACACACACACGAUAACAUACGCACAAUACAUACACAUGAAUUUAGUACUGUAGAUAUGUGGUAGUGGUGGAGUAGGGGCCUGAGGGCACACAUUGUGUUGUGAAAUCUGUGUAUGUAUUGUAUGUUUUUAAAAUUGUAUAAACAGCCUUAAUUUUGCUGGACCCAAAGAAGAGUUGCUGCUGCUUUGACAGCAGCUAAUGGGGAUCUAUAAUAAAUACAAAUACAAAUAUUAUGGCAAGAACAGCUCAAAUAGUCAAAGAGAAAUGACAGUCCAUCAUUACUUUAAGACAUGAAGGUCAGUAAAUGCAGAACAUUUUAAGAACUUUGAACGUUUCUUCAAGUGCAGUCGCAAAAAGCAUCAAGCGCUAUGAUGAAACUGGCUCUCAUGAGGACCUCCACAGGAAAGGAAGACCCAGAGUUACCUUUGCUGCAGAGGACAAGUUCCUUAUAGUUACCAGCCUCAGAAAUUUUUGCCCAAAUAAAUGCCCCACAGAUUUCAAGUAACAGACACAUUUCAACAUCAGCUGUUCAGGGGAGACUGUGUGAAUCAAGCAUUCCUGGUCGAAUUGCUGCAAAGAAACCACUACUAAAGGACAACAACAAUAAGAAGAAGAGUCUUGCUUGGGCCAAUAAACACGAGCAAUGGACAUUAGACCGGUGGAGAUCUGUCCUUUGGUCUAUUGAGUCCAAAUUUGAGAUUUUUGGUUCCAACCGCCGUGUCUUUGUGAGACGCAGAGUAGGUGAACGAAUGAUCUCUGCAUGUGUGGUUUCUAUCGUGAAGCAUGGAGGAGGUGUAAUGGUGUGGGGUGCUUUUCUUGUGACACUGUCUGUGAUUUAUUUAUAAUUUAAGACACAUUUAACCAGCAUGGCUACCACAGCAUUCUGCAGCUAUACGCCAACCCAUCUGGUUUGGGCUCAGUGGGACUAUCAUUUGUUUUUCAACAGGACAAUAACCCAACACGCCUCCAGGCUGUGGAUGGGCUAUUUGACCAAGAAGGAGAGUGAUGGAGUGCGGCAUCAGAUGACCUGGCCUCUACAAUCACCCGACCUCAACCCAAUUGAGAUGGUUUGGGAUGAGUUGGACUGCAGAGUGAAGGAAAAGCAGCCAACAAGUGCUUAGCAUAUGUGGGAACUCCUUCAAGACUGUUGGAAAAACAUUCCUCAUGGAGUUGAUUGAGAGAAUGCCAAGAGUGUGCAAAGUUGUCAUCAAGGCAAAGGGUGGCUGCUUUGAAGAAUCUCCAA